GAGGAGAUCACAUACAAACACUUCUCCCCAUACAAAAUGCAAAUCAAUUUCGUGCGUCCGAUUUAGGCAAAUCAAUGGCCGAAACCAUUUUCCUCACCGUUACCUUUCGUGAGCCGCGAAGGAGGAGACCGGGUAUUUUAAAACCCGUUUAGUAAUUAAAGGAUAAAGAUGUCAUUUGAUUUUUUUUAAAAUGGAACCGCCAUAAUACGGAAAAGGAAGGAAAUCCCUCUUGCGCACAAUCCCCACGUAGAUUCGAACCGCCCAUGUAUAGCAAAUCAGAAAAAGGAAAGAUGCAGAGGUUGUUUAAUGCUCCAACUAGCAAAGGUCUGAGAAGCUGGAAAAUCUCCUUGAGAGCGGCGAAAGCUUCAGCAUAGACGAAGAACGUCAUUUGUGAAGAAUAACGACCGGUGAAAUUCCAUUUGCGCAAAUGGCUUCAGUUCAAGAAGAACAUGCUCUGCGACAAGCCGCUUUGGCGUGCGAAGAAGGAACUCGACAAAACCACCAAACUGUUCUACAAAAGAGAAAGAAAGCAGCUCCAUGUGGGAGUAGUAUUGCAAAGAAAAAGAGGGUGAUUAAUAAGGGGAAACAAGUGCAAGUGCAGCCGGAUGGAGACAAGAUUACUGGGCUCAUGCAGUUACGUUCUAAGCUUGAGAAACAAAAGACUUUGAGCAUGCAGCGAGAGGAAAGUAGGAGCAAAUCAAGACAUGACUUUCAAGGUGUAUUUAUAGAAGACAAUUUAGGAAUGGAGUUGAUGGAAAAAGAAGUAGAGAGAAGGUUGAAAAAGGAAAAUGCAAAAGUUGCUGCAUCCAAGAAAUCCGGGAGCAUAUCAAGAGGCCAGUUGAAAGGAUCUAAGGCUGCUCGUGGAAAGAGAAGCACUGGUCAAGAAAGUGGUGAAAGAAGGAGGAGUGGAAGGAUAAACAAGGAGACGGAAGUGUGCUAUCAAAACGUUAAUGAUGUGGUGGUGCCUGAUACCGAAGAUGGCAGUGAGGCAGACAUUCAUGAAUGUGAGGAAGCUGACAGUGAUGAAGAUUUUGUCAAUUUACCAAAACAAGUGGUGAGAAAGGAAAAAGAGCGUGAGGGCAGACCAAAGAAGAAGGAGAAGCGGGCUGUUGUGAAUGACUUGAAGGAAAAGUACCACAGCCUCUACACUAGAUCAUCACCGAAUGUGGUGAUGAAUGCUAUUUCGAAAUUGAGUCACAAACAGCGAGAACAAGUGCGUGAAGUUGGAUUUGGGGCUUUGUUAGACCUAGGAAUCAGAGAGUUGCCGUCUAAGCUUGGUUAUUGGAUUGUGGACAACUUUGACCCAAUUAGUUGUUCACUAAAGUUAGGUAAAGGAAGGAAAAUUCACAUCACAGAAGAAGAUGUGGAGCUGGUUCUGGGAUUUCCACGCGGUGACAAAGCAGUGUUAAAAAAGGGGAAAGGAGAUAAAAGCGAAAUGCUGGAUGAGUGGAGGGCUUCUUUCGGAGGAAAGGAUAAAGUUUUGCCAAUAGAGGUGGUGCGUGAAAUACUAAGAUGUGAGGAAGGUGGAGAAUGCUUUGUGAGAAACUUCAUAAUUCUCGUUAUAUCGACCUUGAUAGAGAAUACAAGGAACGGAUAUAUAAACUGCUCUUUCAUAAACAAUUUGAAGGACACAAAAGGAAUCAAAGAUUUAAAUUGGUGCGAAUAUGUGAUAAAGGCUCUAAUUGAGAAGAAAAGAGAAUGGGCUAAGGGAAAGGAAAAGGCAUUCACUGGUCCACUCCUUUUCUUGAUGGUGUUGUAUGUGGAUAGGGUGGAAGUAUAUAGAAGAAGUGUGCCUCGGAAGGUUCCCGCUAUAAUGGGAUGGAGCACACAGUUAUUGAGGGAGAGGGAAUCUGAAGAAGUUGAGGCUGGAGGAUUUGGGUUAGGGUAUGUAGAUGAGAAGAUGACAAUGAACCAAGGGACGGGGAAAACUGUCACCGCAGAAGAGAGAACCGAGGAUGUGGGACAGCCCUCGACGACAACGGGUGCAAAAGAGGACGUUAUGCAACGCUUUGCUAAUAAGACCAGCUUAUUUGUUAAGACAACAACUGACAUCAUGAAUAUGUUAGAUGCAUCUCCCGAUGUACUUCGUGGCAGUGAAAAGUUGAAAGAGUUGGGGCAAGCGGCGAAUAUGCUCGUGGCUGUUUUACAGAAGAAAAAUUCUCCGGAUUUUGCCACACCUACACAGAUGGACAGGGAGAUGGAGGUGUUUUGGUCAAACCCAGUCAACCUUGAAAUAUUAGCUGAAGCUGAGGUGGACGGUAUAAAGAGAACAAAGGUUCUUCAAAGGAGGGAAGAUAUGCCAAACUUUAGUAUAGGUCUCACACAAGGCGAUCCCCCAAAUGAAGUAAGCGGUGAUGCUCUGAUGGGGUUCGAGAAGAACAAUAUAAAUGAAAAGGGGAAGGGAAAAGUCGAUGCAAGUGUGCAGAUGCCUUCAAAUGAGCAAAUGUUAGCAGUUGGUGGUGAAUCAAGCUCAAAUAUAAAUAAUGUGCUGGAAAUCAGAAAGGACAUUGAAGAGACAGAAGAAUUGGGCCAGCUAAGAAGAAAACAAACGGCUGCAGCAACCCAGAAAUCACCCUACGUAAGAAGAGUUAUUGAUCUAAGUGCUGCAAUAACGAAAGAUGAACGCGCCAUGAGUGAUUGGAUACUUCUAGACGUUGCUGGAGAUGCGAAUGAGGUUAUUUUCAAAGCCCUUAACCAAUUGCAGCUUACCCGCGGGCAACUGAUGAGCAUCAAGGAUGGUCGACACAUCGAGGAAAGUGUAAUCAAUACCUGGGCAUUCAUUCUUAACUGUAAAGAGACAGUUAGAAGCAGUGAGUCUACAAGUAGAUUAUUUGCUAAAGUCUUGCCUUGUCUUGACACACAGGCGGACCUGGGAUUGAAUGAAGACCGUGCUUACACACUUUUUGCGGAAGCCAUUGACUUUGGGUUGGAGGCAAUUAAAGAUCACACUGCACUUUCAAAAGUUGAUUUGUUCUUCUUCCCGAUAAUGCAAGUGCAUCACUGCUAUGUAAUUUGUCUGAAUACUAAGCUGAAGCGUACGCAAAUUUGACAGUUCAUCAGCUAGCGUACGCAAAUUUGAUAAAUACGGGGAAAUGCCUCAAAACGUGAUAAAUAUGUUUGUGAAGUACAUGGAUUCAAGGAAUAUGAUGACCAAAUCUGAUAAAGUGAGGAAGGCAACACCGAAGAGGCUAGGAAUGGAGUGGAGGCAGACGAAAAACAUUUAUGACUAUGGUAUCUUCACAAUGCGGCAUAUGGAGACAUAUCAAGGUCAAGGCUUGCAAGGAUGGAAUAUUGGGCUGAAGGAAACCGACACCAAACUGGUAGGGACGUUACGCGUGAAGUACAUUUCUGCAAUUCUCCUGAAUGAGAAGAAUGAGCACAUGCAUUCAAACUUGCUGAAGGCAAAGAAUUUUCUCAAGAAAGCUAAAGAAGAGAAUGAAAAGGUGGGAGAGAAGAAGAAGGGAGCAGCGCCCAAAUAAUCAAUUCAACGAAAUUUGAAGUUGACAUCAGUUUGACUAUAUUAAAAUUACAGUUUACAAUGACUUAUUCACAUUAUUUUUAAUAAAAAACAUAUUUAUGCUUACUAUUUGUGUGUGAAAGUUGACGUUGAAUAUAGUUGGUUUUAAUAUAUGUUCCAGGUUCACAUGAGUUUACAAUGAAGCUUUGUAAAUG